CCCAACCGCCUGCUGCUAGGAUGCUUCGCCGUGCACUACGCGCACAGGGCACUCAUAUUUCCUCUCCUCAUUCGGGAAGGAAAACCAACACCAUUUUUCACUUUUGUGCUAGCACUUCUGUUCUGUGUUUAUAAUGGAUACUUGCAAGGCCGAAGCUUAAGCAACUAUGCAAAAUACCCCUCAGGCUGGUUAAAAGAUCCAUGUUUCAUUACAGGUGUUAUAGGAUGGUUGAUUGGCAUGACAAUCAAUAUUCAUUCUGAUCAUAUUCUCAGAAAUCUGAGAAAACCAGGGGAAACUGGUUAUAAGAUACCAAGAGGAGGAAUGUUUGAGUAUGUCAGUGGAGCCAACUUUUUUGGAGAAAUCCUAGAAUGGUUUGGGUUUGCCCUUGCCUGCUGCACCAUGGAAAGCCUUUCAUUUGCGUUGUGUACGCUUUUCAUCUUGGGUUCAAGGGCAAAACAACACCACCAAUGGUACCUAGAGAAAUUUGAAGACUACCCAAAGCACAGAAAAAUCGUGAUCCCUUUUUUGUACUGA